AAACAAGCAAGAGACCGCCCACUUUCAGGAAAGCAUUGACGGGAAUGGGAGCUGAUUAAUUGCGUCCAGAAUUUGCAUAUUAAUUUUUCCACUGCCAUUUUAGCCUAUAUAAAACAAAUAACCUUAAAUCAAACGGGUUCGGAGAAGAAGAAUCUCCUAAACUUUGUGAUAUUAGUAAUGUGAUAGGAAGACGAAGAGUUUCUGAGUGGUUACCUACAUGUUGAUGUGAUUAUCAGAACCUAAACUGAAACUGCUCCUGGUUAAACAUUUUCAAAACUGCUUCUACCUGUGAAGAGGAGAACACAAAAUCUACAAGAUGAUUUCUCCCUCUGACAAUGGCAGCAGUGAGGACCACGAGAAUGACCGUGAGAUCGGCAGUGAGAUCUCGGUGUCGCCGGUGCCGCCGCUGCCGUCAUCGGACGGAGGCGGCGGCGGUGACCUGCGCCCGGCCCGCCGCCGACCUCUGGCCUCCUCCGCCUCACCGCCCUCCUCCGGACUGGUGGCCAGCACCUCGGCCUCGCUCUCCGUGCCACUCGGUCAAGCGCCGCACAAUGAAACCGAACUCGGCUCAAAAAUGCUACAGAUCCAGUCGAAACGGUUCUACAUUGACGUCAAGCAAAACCGCCGGGGCCGGUUCGUCAAAAUUGCCGAGAUCGCGGCGGACGGCCGGCGGAGUCAGGUGUUCCUGGCGCUGUCGACAGCGGCAGAGUUCCGAGACCACCUGACGUCAUUCAGCGAGUACUACUCGAGUCUGGGACCGCCCAGCCCGGACAACUUCCCCGAGGACGGCAAGCUCAAGUCGGAGAUGAUGGUCAAAGACAACCGGCGCUACUACCUGGACCUCAAGGAAAACUCGCGGGGCAGGUUUCUGCGGGUGUCCCAGACGAUCCCGCGCGGCGGCCCGCGCUCGCAGAUCGCCAUCCCCGCCCAGGGCAUGAUCGAGUUUCGGGACGCGCUCACCGAUCUGCUCGACGAGUUCGGAACGGACGACGGCGGCUUCAAGGGAGAGCUGCCAGAGGGAAAGCACAUGCGUGUUGAAAAUAAAAACUUCUACUUUGAUAUCGGCCAGAAUGAUCGGGGUAUCUACAUGCGCAUAUCUGAGGUGAAAACCAACUUCAGAAAUUCCAUCACCAUUCCAGAGAAGUCCUGGUCACGGUUCCGUGAUAUAUUCGGCGAGUACGUAGAGAAAAUGCAGGAGGCAGAGCGGGCGGCACAGGAGCCGAGUGGAGCGCCCGGCCCGCCCGGCCCGCCGGGUCCCCCGGGCCCGCCGGGUCCGCCCGGCCCGCCCGGCUCCGUCGCCGGCAAGUGAGCGGUGCGCAGAGCCGAACGGCCGAUCGACUCGCUGCAACACGGCCGCCGUUCAAUUCGUGUCUUUCAAAAUUUCUGACGCGCCGACCGGAGACAGUGGGUAGACGGCCGGCGCAGAGACGGCGGCGCGGAGACCGGGAACACCGAGACGGAGAGACAGACGCAGCGCACCGAGACGGGCACAGAGAGACGCCGGACAGGGACGGAGGCGGCGCGGUGCGGCGGCGAGGAAGGGCGCGGCGGACGCCCGCCGCCGCCGCCCCAGUGCAAUGGGAGCGCAGCGCGGCGCGGCGCAGUGAAGGACGUGGCACAGUCACGGUGGCUGCAGCUUUAACGAGCGCCGGCCGGCCGCACCGCGACCGAGCCACAGGCACGGACGGACACGAGCGGGCGGCGCGUGGACCGGGGUGGCAGGGCGCCGCGCCCGCCACGGGCACGGCUACAAAUUAUCACUUUGAUCGUUGCGUUGUUGGUUAGCCGGCCGUUGGGUGGCGAGUGAGCGAUCUGUGGAGCUGGCACAAGGUGGCGCGCGCGCUGGCGACGCUCCGCAGGGAUGCCAUAAUACUGCCAUUGUGUGGUGUUGGCGGCUGGUCCUCGGGCCGCGGCCGGCGCCCGCCUGUCGGGCCGCCGCUUUGUCGCUGUUUAAAGAGGAGUUUAUUUAUUCGUUGUUUGCCAUUUGGUUUUCUUUGACUGUGUGUGCGCUCGCGCGCGCGCGCGUGCAGUGCGGUGCGCGGCCGCCUCGCCCCGGUGGAGCUGGAGCUGGAUUGGACUGCCGCGCCGUCGGCCGGUGGUGAGUGGUGCUGCGCUCGCCAGCGUGCGUGCGUGAGUUGUUUCCGUGGUGUGCGUGUAAUGUCCUCGGUGCUAGUCACAAGAACUAGACGCUCGCUGUGAUAUGGCAAGCGGUCGCACACAGCCCUUUGGUUCGCUAGUUUGUACUGCGCGCGGCCUGGUCUGGAGCGGGCGCCUGGCCGGCGGCGGCGGCGCCGUCGUGCACAGCGUGUGAGGCCGAGUGCGAGCGAGCGAGCGAGCGAGAGAGCGCGAGAGACUGCCGCGUGGUUGGGCGCGCCAUCGCUCCGGGCCUGAUCAGAAAUACACGAGUCAUCUCGGA